AUGAUCCCUUGCCUCCCAGAACUGAGUUUCGCGACGAUCGGCUGCCGAGAGACAAAGGUCGGACUGACCCACCGCGACCAAGACCUAGACCCCAGACAGAGUACCCACCACCGAGAGGCGAAGAUCGGCGCGAGGGUAACUUGCCGAGAGAGGAAGGUCGGCAUGACCGCCCUUUUCCGAGAGAAGAAGGUUUCCAUAGGAGUGCAAAGUGUCUCGGAUGCCACAGUGUGUAAAGUGUUUCCCUCGACUUUGAGCGAUGCUGCACAGAAAUGGUACCAGAAUCUCAAAGAGGGCUCUAUCAACAGGGAAAGCUUGAAAGCUUAUGUUGCUCGGUUCAAUGCGGAAGUUAUAAUGAUAGAAGAUUUGAAUGAUGAUACCGCCAUCGACGCUAUGAAAGACAACACUAGCAUGCAAAGGAAGGCCUACGGAACAGCUAGUCCGGCAACCAGCAAACCACCAAGCACCCCGGGGUCAAGUCGAACUCAAGAUCGAUACAGACCUCUGAAUGAGACCUCGGGAUAUAGAGGAGGUAGACCGGCUGAUAAUCAAACCAGUUCGCCCAGUACAGGGCCUGGAACAAAGCCAAGUUUCAGCAUUGGAGGAGGAACGGAGGGUUACGUAGAUCGGGCCGGAGUGGCCAGACAGUAUGUGCCACUUAACACUCCGCGAGAACAGAUCCUGGCAUGGAUUAAGCAUAACAACGAAGAAAUACGAUAUCCUCCGAGGCUGGUGAAAGAUGGGAAUCGCUAUAAAUUUUGUGAUUUUCACGAUGGCUACGGCCAUGAGACCGAGAAGUGCGGGCGUCUGCGGAGCGAGAUAGACAAGUUAGUUUGCCAAGGACGGUUACAACACUUUGUAGUCGCUAAAGAGGGCCAUGACCGGGGAAAUACACGAGUUAACUCGGUCAGGUCGGAGCCAAGUGGUAGUAGAGAGGCCGCACCGCCUUCAAAGAAAACACAAGUCACGGGGGUGAUCAACACUAUCUCUGGUGGGACUCUAGAAUCUGAUUAUAUUCGGAGGAGGCGAAAAAAGAAACAAAAGAUGGUCAUGACAGUGUUUAUGGGCUCGCCCUGGUCGAGUAUCGUUUUUGGGCCAGAAGAUGCUAAAGGGGUAGAGUUUCCUCACGAGGAUGCUCUAAUCAUAUCAGCCAUAGUCGGACAGAAAUGGGUAAAACGUUUGCUGGUUGACGAUGGAAGUUCAGUUAACUUACUGACCUUGCCGGUAUUCUUGGAAAUGGGGGGAUCCAGGACGGACCUCAAACCCGUUAGCAUCCCUGUCUUGGGAUUGGGCGGAGCACCACUCUGCCCGGAAGGCAUGGUAGAGCUGGACUUGGAGCUGGGUGUCGAAAUACCCCAGGAGGAUGGCACAGAGGGUGUCUUGGCGGAACCAACACGGAAGGUACGAUCACUUUUCAUGGUAGUCGAUAUGCCUUUAGCCUAUAAUGGUAUUUUCGGUAGACCUAUGUUGUACAGCACAGGUGCAGUUACUAGUAUUCGUUAUUUAAUGAUGAAAAUCCCGGUGGAAAGCGAGGUCAUAACCAUCAGAGGGAACCAAGCCCUGUCUCGGCAAUGUUAUAUGGCCACUAUGGGCAAAGAUGAGCAUCGAUACACCAGAGUUGUUGCUCAGAGAGAAAAAAGCUCAGAAACCUCAGGAAAACUUGGAAACAAUUGA